UGCGGGGGCGCGCGCGUGCUCGCUAAUCCCCCGCCUUCCGGCUCCGGCGCGACGCGCGCCCGUCGCUACCGCCGCCGCGCCACCAGUGUCAGCGUCCCUCGGGAGCCUCCAUUUGCUCUCGGUGCGGUCUGGCCGCCGAGCUGCCGGACGGGGAGCGAUGCCCGCGGCCGGCGGGGCCGCGUCCUCUGAGCCCAGCAGCCGCUCGCUGGCUGUCCGACUGCGGCGGUGACACCCGGGUCGCCGGCGUCCAGGCGGAACCCGGGCUCCAUCGCCGGAGGAAAAGCAGCCCGCGCUCCGCAGCUCGCCCAGCGGGGAGGCCCUCGCUCACACGGCUUCUCUCUGACCUCUUAAUUUGAGGAGGUUUCAGAGGCUCCAAGUACCGAUACAGCCCCACAGGAACUACUUCCGUGGGUCCCUGGAGGAUCAGCUUUCAUCAGGAUUACUGUAACAUCGUCACCGUGCCUUCACCCAGUCUACCUUGGGUCCUGAUUUCCACCAAUGAAGUUUUUUGGUGCUUUCUUUAAUCAUGUGACACCACCUUCUGCCCACCUUUCUCCUUUCCAGUAGCCAGAUCCAUUAGGUAUAAGUUUGUGUUGCGUUCAAGUACAGAGCUUCCUGCCUGUGCACUUUCGCCUCCUUUGCACCUCACUUUUGUGCACCUCGCCUUAACUUGCUUAUUACGAUCUUCCUAAGCACUUUCCUGUGCAGCCUUCACUAGUCCGCCUGGAAGAGACGGCAUUCCUCACAGUUCACUUCCUGACAAAAACAACAUAAGGAAUUUUCUCAUACUUUUCCUGUAUGUCGAGUUAGCAAGUCUUUUCUUGACUUAAACCCUCUGUUUUCCUGCACAUGUCCCAAAGUACUCAACCCGAAUCCUCCUGGAAGAAAUUGAGUGUGCAGUAGGGCAGUUUAGAGAUCGUAGCAGUGUAGUAUUGGUUCAGUUUCUAGCCUUUAAUAAGAUUGCAAGUUUUAAAAACACUGUAUAUGAGGAGGAAGAAAGAUAGGGCUAAUUGAUGCUAUUCUUUAUUGUAGGAAGUAUGUAAGUUUUAAAAUCCAAGUGAAGAGACUCUUUUAGACUGUCUGUAAAUUAGCCAUCACACUAAGUCCUAGGGCACGGAGGAGUGAUCUUAAAUUCCAUUUUCUAGUCUCUCUAUUUGAAUCUUAAGUUGUUAAUGAUCUUAUUCUAGUAAUCACCUGAAAUAUUAGACACUUAAAAUGUUGGGGAAACGUAAGCGUGUGGUAUUGACAAUUAAAGACAAACUUGACAUUAUUAAGAAACUUGAGGAAGGCAUCUCUUUCAAAAAACUUUCUGUGGUGUAUGGAAUUGGUGAGUCCACAGUUCGUGAUAUUAAAAAGAACAAAGAAAAGAUUAUAAACUAUGCAAACAGCUCAGAUCCCACGAGUGGUGUAUCCAAACGUAAAUCUAUGAAGUCGUCAACCUAUGAGGAACUUGAUAGAGUGAUGAUAGAGUGGUUUAACCAACAGAAGACAGAUGGGGUUCCAGUGUCUGGAACUAUUUGUGCAAAACAAGCGAAGUUCUUCUUUGAUGCUUUGGGGAUGGAAGGUGAUUUUAAUGCAUCAUCUGGCUGGCUAACUCGAUUCAAACAGCGCCAUGGUAUCCCAAAGGCUGCUGGUAAAGGAACAAAAUUAAAAGGAGAUGAAACUGCUGCCAGUGAAUUUUGUGGUAACUUUCAGGAAUUUGUAGAGCGAGAGAAUCUACAACCAGAGCAAAUUUAUGGUGCUGAUCAAACGGGGUUGUUCUGGAAAUGUCUACCAUCAAGGACAUUAGUUCUUGACAGUGAGCGAAAUACUUCUGAGUAUAGGUCAAGCAGAGAAAGAAUCAUUAUAAUGUGUUGUGCAAAUGCCACAGGUUUACACAAACUUAAUCUUUGUGUUGUGGGGAAAGCAAAAAAACCCCGUGCAUUCAAAGGAACUGAUCUUUCAAACCUUCCUGUCACUUAUUUCAGUCAAAAAGGUGCAUGGAUAGAGCAGUCUGUUUUCAGACAAUGGUUUGAUAAGUAUUUUGUACCACAGGUACAGAAGCAUUUGCGAUCCAAAGGUCUUCUAGAAAAAGCAGUGCUUCUUUUAGAUUUCCCCCCAGCACAUCUAAAUGAAGAGCUGUUAAGUUCAGAUGAUGGCAGAAUAAUUGUGAAAUAUUUGCCAGCAAACGUCACAAGUCUGAUUCAACCCAUGAGCCAGGGAGUUUUAGCUGCAGUAAAAAGAUACUACCGAGCAGGACUUCUCCAGAAAUACAUGGAUGAAGGAAUUGACCCAAAAAUAUUUUGGAAGAACUUGACAGUGUUGGAUGCAAUUUAUGAGGUAUCUAGGGCUUGGAACAUGAUAAAAGCAAGUACCAUAACCAAAGCAUGGAGAAAACUUUUCCCUGGCAAUGAAGAAAAUUCAGUCAUGAACAUUGAUGAAAGAGCCAUUUUAGCAGCUAACUUAGCAACAGUUUUACAGAAUACAGAACACUGUGAACACGUUGACCUUGAGGAUAUUGAUCAGUGGUUUGACUCUCAGAGUAAUGACUCGAGCUGUCAGGUGCUGACAGACAGUGAGGGUGCUGAGGACCAUCCCAAGGCUGCUGAGCAGAAGCCUUUCAGUAAGACUAGAAAAGCAGAACUGAAUCCUGAGAAGCAUAUUAGCCAUAAAGCUGCACUUGAAUGGACUGAAAAUUUACUGAGUUACCUAGAACAACAAGAUGACAUGCUUCUGUCUGAUAAAUUGGUAUUACGGAGGCUUCGGACCAUAAUAAGAAGAAAACAAAAGAUCCAAAAUAACAAAAAUCAUUCAUAGUGCUCUGAAGUGUUGCAGUGUGUUUUCAUCCUUGUGACUUCAUCUGCAGUGGAACUUACCUUGUUUGAAGUGCUGUGGAUUCUAAGGCCAAAUACAUUUUAUAAACGAUUUUAGGAUUAGAUGCCAUUUGGAUUACCUAAAUCACAGCUCUUUAAUGUUGACUGUGGUAACUGAGCAUUAAUAUAGAACUUGUCUGCCUACUGUUUUUAAUCUGUAUUAUACUAACUAGAUUAUAAGGUACCUCAGGCCAGGGACCUCUGUCUGUUUUGUGCCUGAGUUUCAGUGUGUCUGAUAAAAGUCCAUGCACAUUAUAGGCACUCAAUAAAUUUUAUUAAAUUGAA